CUGCCUUUGGCAGUAGCACUGCUACCAACUAUGUACUCCGAUAGUGACUCGGAGUCAUCAGAGUCCAACACUGUGGUCACCAUGUUCGAGGAGGAGGUGUUCACCAGGCAGUACACGGUGUUGAAGACCUUGGGCCAGGGUGGCACUUCCGAUGUGAGGCUGUGCUCCCACCGCCUUACAGGUGCCCCAGUUGCUGUCAAGGCUCUUUUGAGGGAGAGGUGGUCGGACCCAACAGUGCCCGAAGCGGACAUUAUGAAAAUGCUCAGUCACCCAAACAUUGUCUCGCUUGUGCAAAUAAUUGAGACAGAACACACAACUUACUUAAUUAUGGAAGUUGCCAGAGGAGAAGAGCUACUUAAACGAGUCCGGGAUGCUGGAUGCCUGAAAGAAGAUGAAGCUAGGAGCAUAUUUGUUCAGCUGCUCAGUGCCAUAGGCUACUGUCACGGUAAAGGUGUGGUGCACAGGGACAUAAAGCCUGACAAUAUCAUAGUGGGUGAGGAUGGAAAGGCUACACUUAUUGAUUUCAGCCUCGGAGACACAUUCCUACCUGGACAAAAACUGGAAAGGCUGUGUGGAGCCUUCCAGUUCAUUGCUCCAGAGAUCUUCCGAGGCCUACCCUACGAUGGCACAAAAGUAGAUAUGUGGGCCUUGGGGGUCAUUUUAUAUUAUAUGACCACCGGAUUCCUGCCAUUUGGAGGAGGAACCCUGUCGGAACUGAGCAACAAGGUGAUGAAUGGAAAAUAUCGUACACCGGAUCAUCUCUCCGACGAUAUUAGGAGCAUGAUUAGCCUCCUGCUAACUGUCAACCCAAGGCAGAGGCCAAAUGCGCAAGAACUCGUAAGCCAUCCAUGGCUCCAGCAAGGGGGAAAGACUUUGACAUUCCAUUACAACAGUGACACCAGAUUCCCAGACCCUGAUAUAAUGGGGGCCAUGGAAAGCAUUGGCUUUCAUUCCCAAGACAUAAGAGAAGCUUUAAAACACAAGGAGUUUGACGAAACUAGGGCAACAUACCACCUAUUGAAAACCCUAGCAAAUCAGGAUGAUGGCACUUAUGUGCAAAGAGAUGUCACUAACCCAGGAGUGACACCUUUCCCUUCACCAACAGACCCUAACACUUACCCUCUGCCUCCCAGGAGAAGGGCCAGUGAACCUUCCCUGAAAAUACUAGUGUCAUCUACUGGACAACGUCCUGGGGAGACAAAUGCCCCUGUUGCGCCCAAGAAGACACCCCCUAUGGGCAGUCGUCAGCAAAGAAGAAUGACUGCCCCUUGCAUCUGCAUCGCUACUUACACUGUCGUGGAAGUAAUCGAAACCCUCGAUAACACCUUCUCCUCUAGCUCCCAGUUCGAAAAGGCCCCAAGUGAGCCAGAAAGAAGGAGACCGUUCACUCCAAGACCCCCGCAGCCUCAGGGAUGGGCCAAAUGGAAGAAACGAAUUUCGAAUUGCAUCAGGACUCUAUGCUGCUGCUGCAUGUCACCUGACACGACAAGCCGGAGGAAGGUGUGCCCCCAAAAGAGAGAGGACACCCCGAAGAUGACAAGAAGUACAAGCUGUAAUUUCAAGAGAAAAAAGUACUUUGAACCGAUAAUCACAAUUGUAGAGAUUUCUCUAGGAAAAAUAACCAUCAACCCAUUUGCCCUAGAAUUUGAGAUGCUGCUCGCUCUUUUAAAAGCAGCUUUUUACUCCAAGUUUAACGCAUCAAUUUUUUGGGCAGUUGCAUUGCUACCAACCAUGUAUUCAGACAAUGAGUCAGAGUUAUCAGAGCCUGACACUGUGGUCAGCAUGUUCAGUGAGGAUGUGUUCAUGUUGCAGUACACAAUGUUUGAGGCCUUGGGAGAGAGUGACACUUCCGACAUGAGACUAUGCUCCCACCACCUAAAAGGUACCCCAGUUGCUUUCAAGGCUCUCCUGAAGAGGGAGAAGUGGUUGGAGUCAACAAUGCUGGAAGUCUAA